AUGUCGGGACGCGGUGUCGCUUCCCGCAAAGCCUACAUCUCCAUCUUCGUCUGUAUGGCCACGCGAGCCAUACAUUUAGAAUUAGUCGAGAGUUAUUCCACUCCAGCCUUCUUAGGCGCCUUUUCAAGAUUCUGCUCCCGACGUGGCAUGCCUGAAUCAGUCUACUCUGAUAAUGGAACCACGUUUGUAGGCGCCGAUCGCGAAUUGGCCGCAUCAUUUCGAGCCGCGCUGCGCGAUCCAAAUUUUCAAAAUAGUGCCGCUUCCGACGGGGUGUCAUGGCACUUUAUGCCUCCAUCCGCGCCUCACUUCGGCGGACUAUGGGAGGCCGGGGUUCGCAGUGUCAAGUAUCAUCUUCGCAGAAUCGUCGGUUCACACACUCUUACGUUCGAAGAGUUCACAACAAUUCUCUGCAACAUUGAGGCCUGCCUAAACUCGCGCCCUAUCGCGCCUCUCACCGAUUCCGUCGACGAUUGCGAUUCUCUGACGCCCGGUCAUUUCUUGAUCGGGUCCGCGAUUACGAUCGCGCCUGAACCCUCUGUACUGCAUCUAGCUGAGAACCGCUUGACGCGCUGGCAACUUGUUCGCCAGCUCACAGAACGUUUCUGGAAAAUCUGGCAGCAGGACUACGUCAAUACCUUGCAACAACGCGUCAAAUGGAAGCAAGUUUCGAAAAACGGAGUUCGCGUCGGGUCGCUGGUCCUGUUACGCAAUUCUCUCCUUCCGCCUUGUAAAUGGGACUUAGCUCGCGUCAUCCGAUGUCACCCGGGUCCAGACGGUUUGAUUCGCGUCGCGACGGUGAAAACCGCGACUUCCGAAUAUACUCGGCCUAUUGUCAAAUUAUGCUUACUUCCGAUAGACGUCGAAAGCCUGGACAACCUUACGUAA